AUGGAUCCCAGGGAUGAAGCCAACUCUGCAGAAGGCAGAAAGAAGAAAUGGACAGACAAGUACAUUUUUGAGCACUGGUAGGAGGACUUUUUUGCCUCCCAGUUCCUGAAUGGCCUCAACCCCAUGCUGAUCCAUCACUGUCAGGAUACCACGGUGGCCUCCAAGCUGGGCCUCAGGACCAGUCUUCCAGACUGAGCUGAAGAUGAAGGGGGCUCUCUGUUCCUGGUGGAUCAUAGCAUCCUCUCUGGUAUCCAUACCAAUGUCAUUAAUGGAAAGCCUCCAUUCUCUGCAGACCCAAUGAUCCUGCUAUACCAGCCCGGGAUGUGUGGAUCCCUGCUGCCCCUUGCCAUCCAGCUAAGCCAGACCCCCGGGCCCAACAGCCCCAUCUUCUUGCCCACUGACGAGAAGUGUUGGCUGCUGGCCAAGACAUGGGUGUGCAAUGCAGAGUUCUCUGUCCAUGAGGCACUCACACACCUGUUGCGUGACUAUCUGCUGCCUGAGGUCUUUUCCAUGGCUAUGCUGCACCAGCUGCCCCACUGCCACUUAUUCUUCAAGUCCACAGGCUUUGGCAUUGGGGGCUUUUCCAAGCUGAUACAGAGGAACAUAGAACAGCUGAAAUAGUCUAUUCUGUGUCUGCCCAAGGAUAUCAGGAACUGAAUUGUCGAAGACAUCUCAGGCUACUACUAAGGAAUGCAGAUCUGGGAUAAGGUGGAGUGCUUUGUCUCCAAAAUAACCAGCAUCUAUUACCCUAGUGACGUGUCCAUCCAUGAUGACAGCAAACUCUAGGCCUGGGUGUGGGAGAUCUUCUCUGAGGGCUUCCUAGGCCUGGAGAGUGCAGGUAUGCCCUCCUCCCUGGAGACUCGAGAAGCCUUGGUGCACUGUAUCACCAUGGUGAUAUUAGCCAAGCACUCUGGUAUCAGUGCAGGGCAGGCCUCACUCUGGCCUCGCGGCUUUCAAUUUGACUUUGGUGCCUGGAUGCCCAACCUGCCACCCACCAUGCAGCUGCCACUAUCCACUUUCAAAAGCCAGACAAGCCUGGAGGGGUUCAUAGCCACCCUCCCACCUGUCAAUGCCAUAUGUGAUAUCAUCAUUACCCUCUGAUUACUGAAUAAAGAGCCUGGAGAGGGACAGCACCUAGGGACCUACCCUAAUGAGCACUUCAAUGAGGAAGCCCCUCAGCGGAGCAUCACUGCCUUCCAGAGCCACCUGGCCCAAAUCCCACAGGACAUCAGGGCGAACCGGGGCCUAUUGUUGCCCUACACCUGCCUAGACCCUGCAGUGGCGAACAGCAUCUCCUUGUGA